GGGACGGAAACAGCGGCGGAAGCAGGAGUUGCUGCUCCAAAUUCCUUCCUCUUCAUCAUGCAAGAAUUCGCCCCCUUCCACAUCUUUUGAGGAUCUUUUUGUUUUCCUUCUUGUGGGGUCGUCCGUUUAACCCACCCAGUCUCUUGGCAUUUAUCGGGGAAGGAGAGGAGAGGAGAGGGGAACUGAGAAGAGCCUGAUUUGAUUCCUGGGGCAAAGGGAACUACACAGAAGCAGCAAUGGAUGAAGGGAUGGAGCUCAAGGGGUGCGUUUGCCGGAUCAAGAGCUGCUCCGGCCAACUUCUGUCGAUGGAGGAGGAUCUGGUGACUGAUCUGGACGAUGACUCAUGGGACUUGGUCUGGAGGGACCUCCGCCUGAAGGCUACCUUCUUGUACAUUGAUCUGAGCCGUGUGAUCUCCCGAAGUGAGAACGAUGAGCGCAGGAAGGCGCUCACCCUUCUCGCCAACAAAUUCUUCUACUGCACGGAUGAGCUAUGCGAUGCGGUGACGAGCCGAAGCGUCCCCGUCGUGAAGAUGUGCUACAACGACACCGCUCAGGCUCUCCGUGAGUUGCUCGCGGCCCUUGCGCCGCCGCAGUAGCAUGUUGGGCUCAUGCCAUGUGGUCCUGUACUACGAUGCGAUGCUGUGAGGCUGGAUCAAGCAGACACAGCAUUUGCAUCUUCUGGAUAGCAAGGAAAGGAUGGAGUCAUGCCAGAAACUCUUGCAGAGGGAUGAGUCUUUAUGUAAGGAACGUAUGUGCCUGAAACUCACAUGGGCAUUUUCCAGAUGAGCACCGGCUAGAGCACCUGUGUACAUACAUGGUCCAAAUAUCUCCGCAGUUGAAGCAGAGCAAGAGAAAUAAUACCUAGCGUGUGGUUAUCUCCAGCAAAGUUUUCUCCUGUUUUGUUUCUGAUUUUAAUUAUAUGUCUGUGUUUACCUGAUGGUAAUCGUUGCCAAAUUUCAUGGAAUUUAGCCAGCGCCAGGGAUAAUAAUCA